UAAGUAUAUUAUAAACAUUGAUUCAUGUAGUCGUCGACAUGUAGAAUUUUACAGCUGUUAUUGCUUGUUCUUUACCAAGGUUUUCUCGGAUCGGAAUUGGUCGCCAACAUGGACGAUCUGUGGACCCUUAUCUUGCUGUCACUAGCUAUGUUAAUCGGCUGUUACGUAGCAGGAAUGAUUCCACUAUCCAUUACCUUGUCAGAGGACAAACUGAAGUCCGUGACAGUAUUUGGUGCUGGACUACUUGUUGGGACAGCGUUGGCUGUUAUAAUUCCAGAAGGAAUCAAUGCCAUGUACACUUCAGGGGACCAUGGCCAUACUCAUCACCAUGAAUCUAGUUCAAAGGAGACAGAGAAACACAGUGCUACAGAACAUGGCCAUCAUGAACAUCAUCACACCACAGCGGAUGUGCACUCUCUUAUUGGCAUCACUCUGGUAGCAGGGUUUAUAUUCAUGCUGAUUGUAGAUCAGAUAGGAGGAGCUCAUGCACAUGCUCAUGCACCAACAGCAGAUGCAGAGGCAGGACAAACUACACUUCAACAGAACAGAAACAGAAUCACAGCUACCCUGGGAUUAGUUGUACAUGCUGCAGCUGAUGGCAUAGCUCUAGGAGCAGCCACAGUUCUGGCUCAUACUCAUCUGACAAUGAUUGUCUUCAUAGCCAUUAUGUUACAUAAGAUGCCAGCGGCCUUUGGACUUGUCUCAUUUCUACUUCACGAAGGCUUCGAUAGGAAUCGAAUCAGGAAGCACUUGUUUGUUUUUGCCGUAGCAGCUCCUUUUCUAGCCAUUGUUACUUAUGUAAUUUUAAGUCAGAGAAGUGUAGAAUCACUCAAUGAUACAAAAACAACAGGGAUUGCCAUGUUAUUUAGUGCUGGGACUUUUCUGUAUGUGGCCACAGUUCAUGUCCUUCCAGAGGUAUCAUCAUCAAAAACUCAACACAGUAAUCCAGAUGGCAGUAUAGUCAUCCACGAACAUAAAGGAUUCAGGAGCAAAGAUCUGUUGGCCAUUAUUCUAGGUGCUGUACUGCCUGUGAUUCUGUCUAUAGGUCAUAAACAUUAGACUGUGAUUGGACAAAGAUAUUAUUUUUAUUAAUUCUUAUCAGAGACUGUGUACAUUUUAUGGGUAAGAUGUUGUUAAUUGUAUUUGGGUAAGUUUUAGGAAUGUUAUUACCAGUGAAUGUCGAGGUUUCUGAAAUCUAUAUAAAUACACACUGUAGAGUCAAAUGUUUACCAUUUAGAUAAAUGAAUUAUUUGGCUCGCUGAUGCAUUUAUAUCUAUCUUUCUUGUUGAAUGAUUGCCAUCAUUGUAUUUUGUUGCUUUCUUUUAAUGUGUACAGAAUGGGAGGGGGGAAGUGUAAGCCUGUAGAUUAAAUAAUUGAACAUGUAAUUGUAGCAUGUGUAUUGUUUGUGUAGAUGGUACUGAUAGAUUCUACUGGAUCUGUAAACUAUAAUUAUGUAUUGAGACAUCGAUGAAUGUUAUACAGCUGAACUUCGGUAUUUCAAACAUUAAUAUUUCAAAUACCAUGGAUAUGUCAAAGUGAUUUGGAAGUAGCAACCAGUUUUACCCUCAAUGUCUUAAACCCUUGGAUAUUUCAAAGUUUUUUUUUUCUCAGUCCCAUUGAGUAUGAGAUAACACAGUUUGACUGUUACUACUGCAUUCAGUGAAUAUGGGUGAUUGCAA